UAUUUCUCUCUCUGCCCGUUAUUCUUCCCCGCUGAACUGAUCGAAGAAACCACUAGGGUUUCUCGGGUCACCCUCCCAAACCCUCCCACAGUCCCUCUCCGUCCUAUGAUUUUCAAACAAAUCAUCCGCAAGAACUGUUUUUUCUCAUGCCGCUUCUUUUCUUCCAUUCUCAAAGACCGUUACGGUUUCGUUGCUCCUUCUUUCCCCAUUCCUCAAAGCCCUGACCCUAGCUCCCCGGAAGUUAAUUGGAGCAGGAAGAAGAAGAAGAAGAAGGAGCCCUAUCGUCCGCCAUCUUCGCUGGACAUGACUGGAAAGAAGAUCAUCCACUCCGACCUUCCGUUUGACUUUCGAUUCAGCUACACGGAGUGCAACCCGGACACUAAGCCCAUCGGGCUGCGGGAGCCCAAGUAUUCGCCUUUCGGGCCUGGACGGCUCGAUCGUUCUUGGACCGGUGUGUGCGCUCCGGCGGUUGAUCCGGCUCUGAAGUCGGUGGAAGGGGACGUAUCUGACGACGCGGAGGAGAAGAUGGAUGAAUGGCGGAGGAGGAGGAAGGCGAUUCUCGGAGAGCUUCUUAGUCCUGCAGAGAGGGCCUUUCUUAUAGACAAGUUUCAGAAGCACCGGACUAAGCGGCAAGUUAAUCUGGGAAGAGAUGGCCUCACACACAAUAUGUUGAAUGAUAUUCAUAAUAGCUGGAAGAAUUGUGAGGCUGUCAGGAUUAAGUGUCUCGGCGUGCCAACCGUUGAUAUGAAAAAUGUGUGCUACCAACUUGAGGAAAAAACAGGCGGCCUUAUUAUCCACAGACAUGGCGGUCAGAUCAUCUUGUUUCGAGGAAGGCAUUAUAAUGCCAAGAAAAGGCCUAAGAUUCCAUUAAUGCUCUGGAAACCUCACGAACCAGUCUAUCCAAGAUUGAUUAGAACAGUUAUAGAUGGAUUGAGCGUUGAUGAGACAAAAUUGAUGAGGAAGAGAGGCCUUGCUGUUCCUGCUUUAACAAAGUUGGCCAAGAAUGGCUACUAUGCUAGUCUUGUUCCAAUGGUUAGGGAUGCUUUUUUGACUGAUGAGUUAGUCCGUAUAGAUUGCAAAGGCCUUCCUACAACUGAUUACAAGAAAAUAGGAGUUAAACUCCGGGACUUGGUGCCUUGCAUCCUUGUGACAUUCCAAAAGGAACAAAUUGUAGUAUGGAGGGGAAAGGACUAUGAUAGGAAUGCCCACAAGAACUCUGAAGAGAAAUCAUUUUCUCUUUUAUCUGAAUCAGAUGAAGGAACUCAGAAGAGCCUCACAGAUGCUUCUACUCACAGUUCUGAAUUUUACAGCUCACAUGAGGAAUCAAUUAUAUCAGACUCUGAAGAUUCAGAAAUGGAUCCCACAAUUGAACGGGAUGAGGAUAGCUCAUCAUUCAGUUCAAAUGAGUCUCCCUGAUGGCUUUUGUGUGUAUGUGUUUCU